UGCAGCAUAUUCCCCUUCCCUUGAUCAUUAUUAGUGGCCUUCCAUAAACCAAAGUGAGGGAAGGAGAGAGAGAGAGAGAGAGAGAGAGAGUUCCGUACGUCGUCUUCAAUAGCCUGCCAUGGCGUUGUGUCGCCUUCUUCCUACUCUGCUCGCCCUCACCGUCGCCUGCGUUGUCGCCUAUGACCGUCCGCCGCCCCGGGAGACACUCACCAUCCCUUUCGCCGACGAUGCCGACGGCCUCACUCCCCAGCAGGUGCAUAUAUCUCUUGUGGGAUCCAAUAAAAUGAGGGUGACAUGGAUCACCAAAAAUGACGGUGAGUCCGUCGUCAACUACGGCACGAUCGCUGGCAAGUACACCGACUCCUCCGUCGGCUCCGCCUCCUCUUAUACGUAUUUCUUAUACCGCUCCGGCCACAUCCACGACGUCGUCAUCGGCCCUCUGAAACCCGACACCGUUUAUUACUAUCGUUGCGGCUCGAAUUCGACCCGCGAGUUCUCCUUCAAGACUCCGCCUUCCUCUUUGCCCAUCAAAUUCGCCAUCGUCGGUGACUUGGGUCAGACCGGGUGGACCAAAUCGACGCUGCAACACCUGGCAGCGACGGACUACGACGUGCUGCUGCUCCCCGGCGACCUCUCCUACGCCGACUACCUCCAACCGCUGUGGGACUCCUUCGGCCGCCUGGUGGAGCCUCUGGCCAGCGCCCGCCCCUGGAUGGUCAUCCAUGGCAACCACGAGAUCGAGAAGAUCCCCCUCCUCCACCCCCAACCCUUCGUCGCCUACAACGCCCGGUGGCCCAUGCCCUACGACGCCGACCCCGUCACCGCCUCCGGAUCCAACCUCUACUACUCCUUCGACGUCGCCGGUGGCGCCGUCCACGUCCUCAUGCUCGGGUCGUACACCGACUUCGGCCCCGAUUCCGCCCAGUACAAGUGGCUGGCCGCCGACCUCGCCCGGGUCGACCGUGCGAGGACGCCGUGGUUGGUGGCGCUGAUCCACGCCCCGUGGUACAACUCCAACGAGGCGCACCAGGGAGAGGGGGAGGAGAUGCGGAAGGCCAUGGAGGCGCUGCUGUACGGCGCCCGCGUCGACGCGGUGUUCGCGGGGCACGUGCACGCGUACGAGCGGUUCACGCGCGUGCACGACGGCAAGGCGGAUGCCUGCGGGCCGGUGCACAUCACCAUAGGCGACGGUGGCAACAGGGAAGGGCUGGCGAAGAGGUUUCAGAAGCCGCAGCCGGCGUUCUCGGAGUUCAGGGAGGCCAGCUUCGGGCACGGGCGGCUGGAGGUGGCGAACGGGAUGCAUGCGCUGUGGUCGUGGCACCGGAACGACGACGACGAGGCGGUGGUGGCGGACCAGGUGUGGCUCACCAGCCUCGCCUCCAACCCGGCGUGCAGUCCCAAGCCCAAAUAAAUAUAAAUACCCGAAAUAUUCUUUCAUUUUAAAACUGUAUGUGUAUGUUUCUUUCUUCUUCGUCAACAAUUGGAAGUAUUGGGUGAUUGAUUGUUUAAUGGAAAAUAUCAACAAAAAUAUAUACAGUAUUAAAUA